AUGAUCAAUGAAGACGACGCAAAUAACAACUGUGGCGACGUCGUUGAAAACGUCAGCCGAAAGAGAAAGAGCAGUACAAACAGCAACGGAAACAGUACCGAAAACCAGAACACAAAGAGGAUUAAUCAAACCAACAACAACCACCCCAAUGAGGAGCAAGAGGAUAAAGAUGGUAUGCUUGCUCUUUCUCUUGCGAUUCGUCCCACAAAACCUACGCGAGAGCUCCCAGAAGAAGAAUCUUCACCAUUGCCAUCAGAAUCCUUAGAGUCUUUAUCAGUAGCAAUGCCGUCACUGGAAACAUCUUUAUCAGAAUCAAUGCCGGAACUGCAACAUCAACUUCAACUGCCGCCAACGCACACCAUUUACGUCUCCACAUUUGUAAAGGAUACUCAAAAUCUAUCCGUGUGCUGUCUCCAAGAACCGGCUACCCAACGGCAGUAUCGUCUCCGGAGGAACCCUACACAGGCGCCUGGCGAAGGAAAAGGCGACACGGUACCAGCCCUAUUCCCGUGGUCCACGACGAAACGUGCCACGGUGCAGAGUUUCGAUUAUUUAGUGUCGAAGAACAUAACGAGCAUAAGCGGUGACGUGCAUUGCAGGAAAUGCGAGAAAAAGUACAAAAUGGAGUACGAUUUGCUGGAGAAGUUUCUCGAAGUGUGGAGGUUCAUUGCGGACAAUAAGAGCAGUAUGCAUGACAGGGCUCCUAACGUGUGGAUGAAUCCCGUGCUGCCCACCUGCAGAUUUUGUCGGCAAGAGAAUUGCGCGAGGCCUGUGAUUCCACUGAAGAAGAAGCAGAUGAAUUGGUUGUUUUUGCUUUUGGGACAGUUGCUGGGUUGCUGUACGCUCGAUCAGUUGAAGUAUUUCUGUAAACAUACCAAAAAUCAUCGAACUGGGGCUAAAGAUCGUGUUCUCUAUCUCACAUAUCUCGGUCUGUGCAAGCAACUUGAUCCCACCGGCCCUUUUGAUCGCUGA